CUACCACCCGCAAAGAUGGCCGCUCCGGCUUCAGGCCCGCUUCCGCGCCUGCGCGCAGCCGGGACUGUUUCGCGGCGUGGUGCGGCCGCGGCUUACGAUCGGCUUGGGGAAGUUGUGCUUGGGGGGGAGGCGCCUGCGAUGGGCUCGCGCCGGGUCCGCGCUCUGCACCUGGCCUUCCUCCAGCAGCGGGUGCAGGCUCCCCGUCUGGGCGCCCGGAGGUGGCUCAGCGCCCGCCCGGCCCACGCGCCCAGGAUGGAGUACCAGGAUGCCAUUCGGACUCUGAAUACGCUCCAGACGAAUGCCAGCUACCUGGAACAAGUGAAACGGGAGCGAGGAGACCCCCAGGCGCAGCUGGAAGCCAUGAAAGGUUUUUUGGAACGAAGUGGAUUGAAGGUCGAAGACCUGGAUCAACUGAACAUCAUUCACGUCACUGGGACGAAGGGCAAGGGUUCAGCUUGUGCCUUCACAGAACGCAUUCUUCGCAACUAUGGCUUAAAGACUGGUUUCUACAGUUCUCCACAUCUGGUUCAAGUACGCGAGAGGAUCCGGAUUAAUGGGCAGCCCAUCAGCAAGGAGCUGUUCAGCAAGUACUUCUGGCAGGUGUAUAAUCGGUUGGAGGAGAGCAAGGUUUCUGAACAUCCAGCCAUGCCUGCCUACUUCCGUUUCCUCACCAUCAUGGCUUUCCAUGUCUUCUUGCAGGAAAAGGUAGACCUAGCAGUCAUGGAAGUUGGCAUUGGUGGUGCAUAUGACUGCACCAAUAUUAUCAGGAAACCGGUUGUGUGUGGGGUUUCCUCUCUGGGUAUCGACCACACCAGCAUCUUGGGUGACACCAUUGAGAAGAUUGCCUGGCAGAAGGGAGGCAUCUUCAAGCCUGGAGUGCCGGCCUUCACUGUUCCUCAGCCAGAGCGGCCCUUAGAUGUCCUGAGAGAGAGAGCUGAGAAGAGUUCGUGCCAGCUGUACCUGUGCCCUGACCUGGAUGCCUUCGAAGAGGAUGGGAAACCUCUUCCACUGGGAUUGGCAGGUGACCACCAGCGCUCCAACGCUGCCUUGGCCCUCCAGCUCUCUCACAUGUGGCUUGGACAGCAGGGGUAUCUGGAUAUUGGCGAGCUGAAGGCCCCCUGGUUGAGCUCAGAGUUGCCGGCAAAGAGAUCUCCACCAUUGGCCCCUGUCUUCAAGCCAGGAGAAGCCAUGCUGCAAGGGUUGCAGGAAGCCGUGUGGCUUGGUCGAAACCAGGUGCUGCACCACGGUCCCGUGACGUGGUACAUCGAUGGGGCCCACACCACCAGCAGUAUACAGGCCUGCGUCCGCUGGUUUCGCAAAGCUGCCCUGAAUGAGGAGAAGCCUGCAGACGGUUCUGAAGUCCGGGUGCUCCUCUUCAACGUGACAGGCGAUCGUGAUACUGCCGCUCUGCUUAAGCUGCUGCUGCCUUGCCAGUUUGACUAUGCCGUUUUCUGCCCCAAUUUCACUGAAGUGUCCACCGUGGGAAAUGCAGAUCAGCAGAACUUCAAUGUCACCCUGGAGAAUGUCCUGACCCGUUGCCUGCAAAACCAGAGCCACUGGAACCGCCUGAUGGAGGCGAAAGAGGGCACAGACCCCUGGCUGUCUGCCUCGCCAGAAGUGGAAGGGGUGGCUGGGUGGAUGAAGCAGGCCCCCCUGCACGGCCCCCAGCUCUUCUUCCCACCCUCAGCACGCCCACUCAACGCCAACUCCUUGGUCUUCCCUUGCAUUUCCAAGGCCUUGCAGUGGAUCACCCAAGGGAGGGACCCUCACUUCCAGCCUCCAGCAUCCCGGGGGCUACACCCUCACCCCGCAGCCAGCAGCGGGGCUGUCUUGCUCAAGGAAGCAGCCACCAUCCAGGUCCUGGUGACGGGGAGCUUGCACCUGGUGGGCGGUGUCUUAAAGCUGCUCAACCCAUCUCUUUCGGAGUAGAGGGUGCUGUUGGACACCCCUCUCUUGAGGCCUGGGUUUGCUGCCUACUUGAAAUGUCAUUGGGAACCUGGAUCAUGCCUUCACACUGAUUUCACUGCAGCAUGCAGAUGAUGGGAUGCCUCCUGAGUCCAUGGAACCUCUAAUUCCUCCUUAAAAAUUUUUUCCUGAGGGACAUGGCUUGACACCUGAACAGUAUGGAAUCCUCCUGGUCAGACAUGCUAUGUAAAGAAGAUGCCACCUCCAGCAACAUUCUAGAUGCCAGAAUUCUCUCCCACCCCAGCACUGAAGUUCUACAGGUGGGGGAAAUGGCCACCAGCCCUCCACCCAGAGAAAGAGAUUCCCCUGCCUUCUCCCCAAUUUGGAAAUCUUCCUCUCUUCCCUUACCCCCUGCUUGCUUCUUUGUGUGUGGCUGCUGCAGGCAAAGCCCCCAUCCACCACAAAGCAGAGCUCACCCACCUGCCCCCAGCCACCAUCCUGGGCCAAGCACAGUGUGAGUUCUCACUGGUUUGCUGGCUCUUGGUUGCCAUCUCUACUGGUCUGACCAAGUCAAAUGCAUGGCUGGUAGCCUUUGACUGAUGACUCUUGCAAUGUGCCUUUAGAAAAGAUUCUUACUGCUAGUCUCUUUCCUUCACCACCUCAUCAUCUCUCCUUCUGGAGUGCUGGGUAUCAAGUCAGCAUUUUGGUACGGUUUUGAAACACUGUGUUGGUUUUUUCGGUUUUAAACGAUUCCUCUUGAGCGAGGAACUCCUGACCUUGCCGUUGGCUUCUGAGAAAGCCAUUCAGUGUCCCCUGGAGAGCAGGCUGUGAGGCCCAAGUGGUUGACUUGUGCAGAGUUAGGUGCAUCUGCACAUCACACCCCCAAAUCCUGGUCCAUACGGGAGGCUACCCUGACCCAUGCAGUUGAUGUUGGCAGUUAAGGGGCUGGGGAUCAUGAGAUGGCCAGAGAUGGCUUCCCAGAGGGCGUGCUGGAGAUACAAGUGCCUGUCUCUUUGGGUUGGAGUUGGAGGAGAGCAACCACUGUGCUCCUGUCUGUGUGCUGCCCAGUCACAAAGUGCAGAGCAAUGACUGCCUGAUGACUUGACGGAGCAACCUUUUUCUUCUUCAUCUUUUUAAAAUAACGCUUCUUGGAGAGCAGGGCUAAGUGUUUGAAAUGAGAGGUUUUAUGCUGUCAACGCUGCAAGCCAUUUACUGUUGCUUGGUUUCAGAGGCACAGCUGCAGUCUUUGUACUUUCUCUGAUUGCACUGGAAAGGGAGCAGGGUGCGGGCCUUUUGGCUCUCCUGGUGCUGGUUGGAUUCACAGCCUUCAUCCGCUCCACCCUGCAUGCCCAGUGGGUCAGGGAUGCUGGCAUUUGCAGUCUAGCAACAUAUGGAGGACCACCGUCCACCUGCCAUCAAAUUGCACACAGAGAACAAAAAAGGAAGGGCCCAGAAUUUUUUUCUGGGGGGUGGGGCACUGGAAUCCAUUGUGUGCAAAGCAGUUUCAGGGAGGGGGUCACUGCUUCAUGCAGACUUUGACUUCAACAAUAAUAAUAUUUGAUUUAUAUUUGAAAAUCUUUGGGUUGUACCACCCUUGAAUAUUC